GCAGGCAGAUCCGUAAUGGCCGCCGUCCGCAGUUGACGGAAACUUCGGAGCUGCGCAUCGCUCCAGAUUCCGCGUAGGUAAUUCCUAACCGAACACGACCCGCGACCCCAUCCGACGAUAUAGAAAGCUCUCCCAGUUCCCGCGGUGAAGAAACCUAUUCUGUUUUUGCGGACCUCACGUCCACCGUCAACCGAACAUGCCUCGCGGAAGGUAUGUCAACCACAAGGGACGCAAUCGUCACUUCACCAACCCGGAGGAGCUGGAGGAACAACGGCGCCAGGAAGAGGAGCGUAAGCAGUGGAGAAAAUCGAAAGGCGAGGAAGAUUCCUCGGACGAAGACGAAGAGGUGACCAAAGGUGCCAAGGGCGACAAAGCCUCGAAACAUGACGAUUCGGAUUCGGACAGUGAUAGCGAUUCGGACUCUGACUCUGAAUCGGAAACGGAGGGAAAAGCAAAAGGAGUGGAGAACCUGAUAGAGGUGGAAAAUCCCAACAGAGUACAGAAGAAAGUCAAGAAACUAUCCCAGCUGAACGCAUCGGUAGAGAAAGUGUCGAAGCCAGAGCUGUCUCGGAGAGAGAAAGAGCAAUUGGAUAAGCAGAGGGCACACGUAAACUAUAUGAAGCUCCACGCAGCGGGGAAGACCGACGAGGCCCGCGCCGACUUGGCUCGGCUAGCGAUAAUUAAGCAACACCGAGAGGAGGCAGCCAAGCAACGGGAGGAUGCCAAGAAACAGAGAGAGCUCGCCCACCAGAAGAAGACGGAGCUGACGAACAAGGCGCUGGGCAAGCGCACCUAGGCUGAUCCAGGACCCUCCGAGAGCGAGAAUUCACGAUCCUGAGUCCUCUACGAUGGGUCAUUUAUCUCGUGGUGCGCUCUGUUACGAUCUAAUCGCUGACUUUUAGUACAUUUACACGUGUUACUUUACACCGGUGUUAUAACCUAUCGGUGUUAACUCACUACAUUUACACAAGCUAAGUUAAACCGGUUUUAAAACCACCGAUGUUACAAUUACUGUUGUUAACCGUAUAAACACCAUUUUACUCCAAUUUUAUCGGUAAAAGCCGGCGUUUAUACGGCACUUAACAGCAGUAAUUAUCAAGUUUAGUACGUUUACACAUUUUAUCUUGCACCGGUUUUAUAACGACUGGGGUUAAGCGCAGUUUAAACGCCGGUCUUACUGUGUAAUCGGUGUAAAACGGCGUUUACACCACGCUUAACAUUGGUUAUUAAAUCGGUGCAAAAUAGCGCGUGUAAAUCUACUGAUCGGUAGUUAUAAAACCGGUGUAAGGUGGGACGUGUGAACGCCGUUUUAUAUCGGUUUUAUCGCUGUUGCGUGACGUUUAACACCAGUAAUUAUAAAACCGUCGUGAGGUAGGACGUGUAAACGUACUAUCCGUUUCCUGUCGAGUGGUCAUCACGUGGCGAGCAGUCGUGGGAACGUGAAAAUUCGGCGCAUCACCGAAGUGGACACGCCGAUCGACUCGGAAGGCGUCUCAGCGAAUUACAUUUGACGGUCCUGCAUCGGAAUGAUGUGCUCUUGGCAUUGUUCUGGUCCUUCGGAAGGGGAAUCAGCUCUGCCUGCGCCAUGGCCGUAUCGUUCCGCUUUAGGGCGGUCUAGUUAAAUUCGCUACUGCAAUUAUACGCACGCAUCAGGUGUUAGGGAAAUUCUUGUUGCAUGUCGGAGCGCGUGCCUUUGGCGAGCGCUCUCACGUAUCGGAUUAUGUAUAGAUUGUCACGGUUCGUGCGCAAUUAAUAAAUCUCUUUUUCAAGUAA